GCAACAUCCUCCUCUGCUUUCUCCAUCACCGCCUUUUGUCUUCCUCCUCCUUUGGUCCCCUUGCCAUGCCCACCUCAUCAUCCUCUCUUAACUCUAGCUAGCGAGCUACCGGCCUACAGGCCACAGCUCCUCUGCUCUGCUCUAAUACUCCAUCAGCUACUCGCCUACAGCCACACUCGCCAUUAGUGCGUAGUUGUUUGUGUACACGCUUAGUUCAUCCCUGUCCUGACAGUUGCGGAGCAACGAGGCCAAGAAAAGGCUAGAGCUUUUUGGUUUCCAUGGAGACGAAAUGGGUGUUCAGCCAGCUGAAUUAGCUGUUGCCAUCAUCAUCAUCAGCAGCAGCAGCAGCUAGGGAGUUCUUGGCGGCCGGCUUCGAUCAAGAGUCUUGAAGAGGGGGAGGGGCGGCGCCGCGUGCAUGGAGAGCCAGCGCGUGGUGGUGGUCGUGGAGGACGCGGCCGCCGCCCGCGCCGCGCUGCAGUGGGCCGUCGGCAACUUCAUCCGCGGCGGCGACUCCAUCACGCUGCUCCACGUCUGCCCGCCCGCGCGCUCGCGCCGGAAGCGCCGCAGGCUCCGGCUUGGCGGCUUCCAGCUCGCGCUCGCCUUCAAGGACCUCUGCAACGGCAUCGCCGAGGCCAAGGUGGAGAUCGUGGUGACGGAGGGGGAGCUCGGGGAGACGGUGGUGGCCACGGUCAACCAGCUCGGCGCCACCACGCUCGUCGUCGGCCUCCACGACAAGAGCUUCCUCUAUAGGGCGCCGAGCCCGUACACGAGAGUGAGGAGCCUGGGGUGCAGGGUCCUCGCCGUCCGGCAGCACGCCACGGCGCGGGACGGCUUCUUGAACGCCGACCUCACCCAGAUCGAGACCAUAAGCUUGCACGUACCACCACCAAAGAUCCCGUUCCCGAUGUUCACGCUCCCGCUUGGCGUGAUAUGGAGGAGAUCGAAGCGGAGAAAGUGAUGCUGCGAGGAGGACGGAGCUCUUCUUCUGUCGGGGGAACAGCACGGCAGGCUGAUGCAGUCUUAGCUGAGCUGAGCCUGACGGGUAGAUACACAAACACACAUGCAUGAACACCUGACACCAGCAGUCAGCAGAUUGACAUAACUGUAACGACAGAUGAUUUACCAAAGUUAUAGGGCUCGUUUUGUCUCUGAAAAAAAAACAGGGGGAAAAUCAGGGGAUUCGUCCCGAUGGUUGUGUCUAUACAUACGGCUUUUGUCUUCUCUGAA